CCCGCGCAAGUCGUAGCUGCGUUUUGUAUGGUGUCGGUGCCGCCUUCACUCUGAGCAUUUUCAGAGCUCAGCCACUGUCCACUGGACUCUGGAAUCUGGAUCGUGGACAAUCGGCUACUUCGGCCGCGAUCUAGCUCUUGCCUCCUCGUGUUUGAGCUUACUUGAUUGAUUCAGGAACUCCAAGGAGAUCUUCGAAUAGCUGCAUUGAUCUCUGGUGGUCUCAAAUAUCUCCAUUCGAUUUUGAAUGGAACUUUGGUGUUUGAAGACCUAGAAAGCAGAAUCUGUCUUCGUUUGGCUACGGAUAAUCCAUUUUUGUGUGAAGAUCUCGGGCAAUGCGUUUGGUUUUAGAGUGAUAUGAAUCAUAGAGAUUCAUUUAACUUUUAGUUGUUGAAACGCGAGAUCUCUUUAGAAAGAGGAAGCAUUGUUUUGUUUUGUUGCAGAAGUAGAAUGGGAGCUGAUUCGAAGUCGAAGGGGGGAUGGUGCGGGUGGUUCGUUGUGUUUGUGGUUUUGGCUGUUAUUGCCGCAGCCGUAGCACUCACUAUAGUGAAGAAAUCUCAUCACUCGAAGGGAAGUGCUGCUGCCCCCGUUCCUGGGCCUCCCGGCGCCAUUACGCAGAAAUACGCGGAUGCCCUUAAAUUAGCUGUCCAAUUCUUCGAUGUACAAAAAUCUGGUAAGUUGGUUAAUAACAAGAUAUCUUGGAGAGGGAAUUCGGCUCUAACAGAUGGGAAAGAAGUGGGUCUUGAUCUGUCAAAAGGAAUGUAUGAUGCUGGUGAUCACAUGAAAUUUGGUUUCCCUUUGGCUUUCACUGCAUCUGUGUUGUCAUGGGCCAUCCUUGAAUAUGGAGAUCAGAUGAGCGCAGUCAAGCAGCUGGAACCUGCUAAAGAGUCACUUAAAUGGAUAACUGAUUACCUGGUCAAUGCUCAUCCUUCUGCGAAUGUGCUAUAUAUUCAGGUUAACCGGAUACUCUUAACUCUAAUACUUUAG